AUGACUUGCUCUAAUUACUAUGACUGCUCUAAUGACUGUGACUGCUCUAAUGACUAUGACUGUUCUAAUUACUAUGACUGCUCUAAUGACUGUGACUGCUCCAAUGACUAUGACUGCUCUAAUUACUAUGACUGCUCUAAUUACUAUGACUGCUCUAAUGACUAUGACUGCUCUAAUUAUUAUGACUGCUCUAAUGACUAUGACUGCUCUAAUGACUAUGACUGCUCUAAUGGCUAUGACUGCUCUAAUGAUUAUGACUGUUCUAAUGACUGUGACUGCUCUAAUUACUAUGACUGCUCUAAUGACUAUGACUGCUCUAAUGACUAUGACUGCUCUAAUGACUAUGACUGCUCUAAUUACUAUGACUGCUCUAAUGAUUAUGACUGCUCUAAUUACUAUGACUGCUCUAAUGACUGUGACUGCUCUAAUGACUAUGACUGCUCUAAUGACUAUGACUGCUCUUAUGACUAUGACUGCUCUAAUGACUAUGACUGCUCUAAUGACUAUGACUGCUCUAAUGACUAUGACUGCUCUAAUGACUAUGACUGCUCUAAUUACUAUGACUGCUCUAAUUACUAUGACUGCUCUAAUGACUAUGACUGCUCUAAUGACUAUGACUGCUCUAAUGACUGUGACUGCUCUAAUGACUAUGACUGCUCUAAUGACUAUGACUGCUCUAAUGACUAUGACUGCUCUAAUGACUGUGACUGCUCUAAUGACUAUGACUGCUCUAAUGACUAUGACUGCUCUAAUGACUAUGACUGCUCUUAUGACUAUGACUGCUCUAAUGACUAUGACUGCUCUAAUGACUAUGACUGCUCUAAUGACUAUGACUGCUUUAAUGACUGUGACUGCUCUAAUGACUAUGACUGCUCUAAUGACUAUGACUGCUCUAAUGACUAUGACUGCUCUAAUGACUAUGACUGCUCUAAUGACUAUGACUGCUCUAAUGACUGUGACUGCUCUAAUGACUGUGACUGCUCUAAUGACUGUGACUGCUCUAAUGACUGUGACUGCUCUAAUGACUAUGACUGCUCUAAUGACUAUGACUGCUCUAAUGACUGUGACUGCUCUAAUGACUAUGACUGCUCUAAUGACUAUGACUGCUCUAAUGACUAUGACUGCUCUAAUGACUGUGACUGCUCUAAUGACUGUGACUGCUCUAAUGACUGUGACUGCUCUAAUAACUAUGACUGCUCUAAUGACUAUGACUGCUCUAAUGACUGUGACUGCUCUAAUGACUGUGACUGCUCUAAUGACUAUGACUGCUCUAAUGACUAUGACUGCUCUAAUGACUAUGACUGCUCUAAUGACUAUGACUGCUCUAAUGACUAUGACUGCUCUAAUGACUGUGACUGCUCUAAUGACUAUGACUGCUCUAAUGACUAUGACUGCUCUAAUGACUGUGACUGCUCUAAUGACUAUGACUGCUCUAAUGACUAUGACUGCUUUUAUGGCUGUAUGGUUGUAUGA